AUGUCACCACCUCCUCCAAAUGCCUACAAACCAGGCUUAAAACUAACUGUAGGUUCCCACAAUGUAUCUAUCAUCAAAUAUAUCAGUCAGGGAGGGUUUGCUCAUGUUUAUACUUGUACUAUCGACCCACCAUUUCAAGGGAACUCCGUAGCGUGUUUAAAGCGGGUGGUAGUGCCUAGUAAAUGGCAAUUGAAUUUAUUACGACAAGAAGUUGAUGCUAUGAAACGAUUAAGAGGUAAUCCCACCAUAGUAUCAUACAUUGAUUCCCAUGCUUCUCGAUUGAAUGAAACCAUCGCAUCGGUAGGUAUGGGCGGAGUAGGGGGGGAUAAACAACAAUAUGAAGUGUUCCUCCUUAUGGAAUAUUGUUCCAAUAAUGGACUUAUUGAUUUUAUGAAUACCAGAUUAACUAAUAAAUUGACUGAACCAGAAAUCCUCGUUAUCAUGAAGGACAUCACUUUGGCUGUGGCUAUGUGUCAUCAUCUUCAACCACCGUUGUUACAUCGAGACAUUAAGAUCGAGAAUGUAUUACUUGAUGACAAAAGAACCUAUAAAUUAUGUGAUUUCGGGUCCGCUGUAGGGUAUUCUCCGGUACCAAAGAACAGCCAGGAGUUCAACGAGUUAUUUGAAGAUAUAAUGCAACAUACCACUCCACAAUAUCGAUCACCAGAAAUGAUUGAACUCUCAAGAGGAUUCCCAAUCGACGAUAAAGCCGAUAUUUGGGCUUUGGGAUGUUUCCUUUAUAAAUUAUGUUAUUAUACCACUCCAUUUGAAAACCAACGUCAAACUUCCUUACAAGAUUUGGAGCACCUGAUCUUAAAUUGUGCCCAAACUUUGAAAAUUCCUCAUAAUAUGCCAGGAUCCAAUUUCAGUCCUCGGAUGAAAAACAUCAUCAAAUGUUGUUUGAGAGAAGAUCCUAGACGGAGACCCAAUGCCGUGCAAUUAUUAGAAGAAUUGUGUGCCAUGAUGAAUCAAAAGGUCCCUAAUUAUAUUCCUGCCUCGGUAUUAGAAAGACCAGUGGCUAAUAGUUAUCCAUCAAAUCAUUUAUUGAAAUCGCAUCAUGUUAACAGUCAAAGCUCGCCUCAAUUACCUGUUAGGCAGAGUUCUAAGACUGACCCUUUUGCAUCCAUAGACAAGACAAAGGUUUUGGCCAAGAGUCCAGGUGCUGGUGCUGGUACUGGUACUGGUGCUACUGGUGGUGCUACAAAAGUUAGUGCCGGUACAAAAUCUAGUACUACUGGACAAAGUCAAACCAGUCAAACCAGAAAACCUUAUGGUCUCUCCAGACCUAAAAGUCUUUAUGAAUCCCGUACAGUAUCACCACCUGUUCUCAAAGAUUACAUCGAUCAAUUGAGUAAGAGUAAUGAGAAUCUCGCUUCCAAUGAAGGAACUUUGGAUUUCCUCAAAGAACGGGAAGAGUUAGAAGACCAGGACACUGGUUCGAGUUUCACCAAGUUCAAGACUGGCUUGAGACGGAUCAGUACGGGAAAUUCCGUCAAAAGUCAGAAUAAUACCGGGAACUACAAUUAUAAGAGAUCCAGUAUUUCUUCAAUCAAACAACUCUUGACAGGAGGUUCAUCAAGAAAGGUUAGUAAUCCUGAAAAGGACAAAGAUGAGGAUGUUAAACCACCAAAGAAGUUAUCUAUUCAAAGAAGAAUGGCUCAGUAUUUGAACAGCGGUGAAGAUGAUGUCAAAAAGACCGCUUCUGGGUAUGGGAAAUACACCGCUGAAGACGAUUUGAAUGCUAUCAAUGAUAUGAAACCACCAAAGGUUCCUGUGAAUUUAUCAUCCAAGAAAUUGGCCAAACCUAAAUCUUUAGAUUCUCCUUUAGUGGCUCUUCAACCUGUUGGCAGUACCAAGUCCAUCAGUACCAUGCCAACCACCACCAAGCUUAACACCACCAAUACAGUCAUACCAACCACCAAAUCCACCACAAACUCCAUUCCUUCCAAAUCACCUAAAAGACCUCCUCCAAAACCUAAAAAACCCGUCUACUUAAGAACUCCGGAGAAUAACUUCCCCGAAAGAAGAUUAAGUAACUCUAGUGAAAUCUCCUUACCAGAUUUGGAUGAUUUAGAGAAACAAUUCGCCAAGAGAUUCCCUAGUUACGUAUAA